ACGCCGGAAGGGUAAUAUCACGUGUGCUAACUGUCUUGUCAACUCUUCGAAGUCCUACAAACGUCAUGUGCAAUAAGUAAAAGCCAUGACGCUGUAUUUACAGUUGUAUUAAAUGUUAGUUUGUUCGGCCUUGUAGUGCAACAAAUGUAGAUUAUGAAUACAGCGGCCUCAUGCUGUAAGUCGAUUGCCUGGCGUUUUUUAAACCAUAAUUUUCAAACCAUCGCUCGCAGACCUCUUGUGUUGGGCACAUGUAACGUUGGUGAACCCCUGUCCUAUCUAGGAGGUUUGUAUUUUCAUUGCAGAAUGGCUUCGAACUCAGUUGGCAAUACGAAAAAGCAGAAGCCGCCCAAAGACACUCUGAGGCAUUUCAGGUCGAAAGAGAAUAGGAAACGGACAGAUAUACCUGGACCAGCUACAGUUUAUAUACAAGUUGUUGGUACGGGUUGUCGAGAUAACAAUGCGUCAUUGUAUGUGUUUUCGGAGUAUAACAGAUACCUCUUUAACUGUGGGGAGGGAACACAGCGUCUGAUGCAGGAGCACAAGCUCAAGGUUGCUCGCUUGGACAAUAUAUUUAUUACCAGAAUGAGCUGGGAAACUGUUGGAGGCCUGUCUGGAAUGAUAUUAACUCUAAAAGACACAGGUGUGCCUAAAUGCGUUCUGUGUGGACCACCUCAGCUUGGAAAGUACAUCCAUGCUAUUAAGUCCUUUUCUGGACCACUGGAGGAAAUAAAGUUAUCUGUGCGACCUUACACUGACCCCCAGCAUUCAGAUGAAACAAUGACCAUCACUCAAAUCCCAAUAUUUGCUGAUAUAAAGGAAGGGAGCCCAAGUCGGUCGAGGCAGGGCAGUCCAUCCAGCAGUCCCCCUCCAAAACAGAGGAGGGAGCUGUUGAGACCGGAGGAAUGUGAGGAGACCUCAGAGGGUAGUAGAGAAGGGAGGGCCAGUCCAGAUAAAAAAGAUGGAAGACUGAAGGCAAGCAGAGACCCCUCUUUGGUUGUGGCCUUCCUCUGUAAGCUCCAUCCGAAAAAAGGAAACUUUUUGGUGCCUAAAGCCAAAGAAUUUGGUUUACCACUGGGUACAGCUGCUAUCGGUCCAAUUAUUGCUGCUUUGAAGGAUGGCAAGACUGUGACCUAUGAAGGGAGAGAGAUACACCCAGAGGAAGUGUGUACUCCUGCUGAUCCUGGACCAGUCUUCAUGGUGGUGGACUGCCCCUCUGAGGAGUUCAUCCAGCCACUCUGCAACAACCAGCAGCUCCAAAGGUAUCAGACGGGAGGCUCUGAGGAUUCUGCUUUGUUAGUGGUUCACAUGACUCCAGAAUCUGUUCUGAAAAUGGACGCAUACAAGCAGUGGAUGGAGAGGUUUCCGUCCAGCACGGAGCAUCUGAUUAUGAAUGAGCAGGCGGGUACGGUUCACAACAUCAGGAGCCACAAAAUCCAGGCCCAACUCAACCUCAUUCAUCCGGAGAUCUUCCCUGAACUGAAGCCCUUCAAAACCAAGGAGUCUCAGGCUGCUCUGCAUGUCCCCAAUGUGAGGGCGGAGUGCCUGCUGAAGUUCCAGUUUCGACCCAAACCAGAGUGGCAAAGAGAGGCCAUCCCGCGGUGCGACCGGGAGGAGUUUGUGAAGGAGGCGAGCGAAGUGCCGGGUUUCCUCCAGAAGGUGGAAGAAUGCAAGAGGCUCGUGGCCAGUGAUUCGCAGGUGCAGCUGGCGAUGGUGGACAAGUACCCGGAGGUGGUGUUUCUGGGAACAGGAUCGGCGCUUCCCAUGAAGAUCAGGAAUGUCAGCGGAACACUGGUCAACAUCAGUUCCACCCAGUCUGUGCUGCUGGACUGUGGGGAGGGAACCUUUGGACAGCUGUGUCGUCACUAUGGGGACAGCGUGGAUGAGGUCCUCACCAGGUUGUCCACUGUGUUUGUCUCUCACCUGCACGCGGACCACCACACAGGCCUGUUGAGUCUGCUGUUGCAAAGAGAACGAGCAAUAAACAGCCUAGGGAAAUCGUUCACCCCAAUUUACUUGGUGGCCCCAGUACAGAUUAUGACCUGGUUAAACCAGUACCAUGACCACUGCCAGAAAAUCCUCAGCCACAUCAACAUCAUCCCAUCGAAGGUGUUGUGUGACGGUGCUGAGAUGCCCAAGUACAAAACCAAAUCAUUCCUCCAGGCUAUGCUGAAGAAGAACGAUCUAAAACAGUUCCAGACCUGCACCGUGCACCACUGCAAGAACGCCUUCGCCUGCAGCCUCACCCACCAGUCCGGCUGGCAGGUGGUCUUCUCUGGAGACACCAUGCCCUGCGAAGCCCUGGCACGCAUGGGGGCGAAUGCCACGCUGCUCAUCCACGAAGCGACGCUAGAGGACGGGAUGGAGGAAGAGGCCACCGAGAAGAGACACAGCACAACCUCGCAGGCGAUUGGGAUUGGCAUGAAGAUGAAUGCCGAGUUCAUCAUGCUGAACCACUUCAGCCAGAGGUACGCCAAGAUCCCCCUCUUCAGUGACGACUUCAACGAGAAGGUGGGGAUUGCCUUCGAUCACAUGAAGAUUCGUGUUGGAGACUUCCGAGUCCUUCCCAGACUCAUCCCCCCGCUCAAGGCUCUGUUUGCCGAUGAAAUCGAAGAGAUGCAGGAGAGGAGAGGGAGGAGAGAGCUGAGGGUAAAGGGCUUAGCUCAGGAGCCUAACGGAGACGCGGGAACCUCCUCGCCACCAGGGGGCGCCACUGCUGAAGGUCGUGGAGCCAAACGCGAGCAGGAGGAAGACCUCACUGCGGGGGCCAACAGCAAACGACUGAAGGCCAGUUAAGGCCCAGCUGGGAGUGUCAAAGUGCGUAGGACUCUUCAUGUGAUGACAUGGCAUCUAUUGAGAGAUUUGAGUGAUGAUUUGAGUGUAGGCCCUCUUGUGAAGGCUUUUAUCAGUUGGAUUUGAGACAUGGUUUCAUUUUCAGAUUUAGACUCGUGGCUGUGGAAGGAGCUUUUUUUUUAUUUGCUUAUUUUCUUUUCUCUCCUCAUAUUUUUGUAUAUAUAAAACAUGAAAAGAACAUCAUUGCUUUCCAUUCCCAAGAGUAAUAAAUGAUCCGAUCAGAGGAUGGGGAAUCCCA